UACAGGUAGGCAUAGUAGGCAGCGACUGUUCUAAAUCUCUCCUAAGGUUAACUGGGUGACCAGGGUUAUCACAAACAGGUGCAAGGUGGCAUCGGAAACGACAUGUACAUGAUGUAUAUUGAAUAAAUCCAUUUCAAAAAGGAACCUUACUUAAUAUUAACAACGUAUAGUUAGAUAGGUGAACACCAUCCGAAUUUCCUGCAUGUGGAAGACAAUUUCCAAUAAAAAGAAGCCGUUGAACUUAUAGCUGAUAAUUCUGGUUGGUUUAAGUAGGAAGGUCUUUGAUAACAGGCAAACGGCACAGUGCACCUUUGUGUUCGAAUAACACCGGCCCAACAGUGCCAGCUGGACAGACAAUAAAGGCCAAAGUUCGUAAUGACGAUUUGUGGUUAUCUUGAUAGCAACGAACUGGUUGUUUUCUACAGUAAUUGAUACUUAUUCAAUAAUCAGAUUGCCACCCGGAGCAACCACGGGAAUAUCGAGACGUAAUCGUCAAAACCAACAGAUUUGUACGGAACAUUUGUAGAUUCUACUUCGUUUACGCGGGCAGCAACAUCCCCGUGUACAUAUUCGUCCCACUUUUGCAGACCUUCUACAAAUACUACACCUGGAGUGACUCAACGCAACCAUUCUACUUCAAAUGUCCCAACAAGUAGGGGCCCUAAAUUAAUUGCUUAACCUCAGUGUGAAACAAAGUACUAUUUACAGGUUACCAUACCUGAGUCCAUACAACGUUUGGCACUACACCAUCUGUCAGACGCUGAAUGCGCCAGUUGUUUUGCUGAGCGGAACAUUUCUCGCCAUCAAAUCAAUGGUCUACUACAGUCUGAUAAAGUACGUCUCGCUGAUGUUUGAGCUGGUAGCCAGACGCAUUCGGUUACUGGAUCAGUUGCCCUGCGGGGCUACUCGAAAGCAUCGGGAGCGGGAGCUGGAUGUAGUCAUUCAGCAGCAUUAUUUGGCCUUGAGAUGCGCUGAGCUCCUGGAGGAACUUAUUAGUCCAAUUUUGCUGGCCCAAUUUCUCGGUUGCGUUCUCGUGUGGUGUCUGCUGAUUUUAUAUAUAACAAUGAAUAUUGAUAACAUGGGAGCAAUCAAUACAUUGAUUCUAUGCGAAGUUCUGGCCUUUGAAAUGUUAGCAUUCUCUUUCUUAGGAUCGGAAUUGACGCAUGUUAGCUACGGCAUUUCAGAUGAAAUCUACAGCUUCCGCUGGUACGACGCCCCGAUUUCCGUGCAGAAAAAGGCAAUGCUGAUUUCCGCCCGAUCCCAAAAAAUUGUCGGUGUUACGGCGUUUAAAUUCUACUUUGUUAGCAUCGAACAAUUCGGCAAGGCAGUUCAAACAACCUACUCAUUCUAUCUGGUGAUGAAAAAUCUCUUCAAUGGUUAAAUUGCUGCAAAAAUAAACUAUGAAAUUGCAUUCUUUAAUCGCCUUUAAUGUUCACUUGUGCU